CACCGUUUUACAGAUUGGUAGCUCAAAAUGGAUGAGACGGUCAGAUCUGCCAUUGUUGGGGAGGCUAUCAGAGGAAUCUUUUCUGGUGUUAUCAGCAAGUAUGAGGAUAAUUCAAACGAAGGAGAUAACAUAGAGAGGCUGGAGAUGGCGCAAAUUAAGCUGGAGGCUGCGAUUAAGACUUCCAACAAGUGGCAGAUCACCGAUACGCCGUUGCUACGUUGGCAGAAGAAACUGAAGCGUGCGUCUGAAGAAUGUGAUGAUACGUUGCGCAAAUGCAAGCAGCGCGCUCUAGAAGAGAAAGAGAUCGAAGUGCAGGUCAAGCAAUCCUCAUUUCCUAGACGUGUUGCUCAUGCAACCAAAUCUUUCAUCGUCUCAUUCAUCGGCCACAAUAAUGAUGACUACUCAAGCAGCGCUAUUGUUCGAAGAUUUGAGAGGAUUGCAGAUAGUGCUGACAGUUUUCUGAGGUUUGUGCAGCUAGGCGGGAGACCACGGCAAUAUUUGUUCUUUGACCCUCUUAUUGCACAUCUUUUCGCAGGCAAAUCUCUAAGAUAUCAAACAUUGCAUGAUGGAAGUCAAUACCAUUUCUUCAGUAUACGCCCUAUGAGUUUUGAGGAGCGUGGACUAGAGGCCAUGCUGUUCUUUGUCUAUGAAGAUUGCAAGGUGCCCAAGAACAGUUUUCGGUUAGGAUUCAUACUGCGUCUUUCAGAAAGUACAGACGUCAUGGGAAUUACAGUCAAAUGCUUACAGUCAGUCACACCUCACUUCAAGUCCACAGCCGAGAUUGUUGUCAGGGAACUCACUCAGCUCCCUACGCAAGAUUUCUCAUGGUUGCCACCAUACCAUGAAUAUGGAAGCAUGGAACACUGGGACAAUGUUCAGACCACCUUGACUCAAUGGUUCCGGCCAGAUCCAUUGUGCUGCUCCAAAGGAUACAUUCCUGCUUGCAGCAGCAGCAGCUACACAAAAAAGUAGUAGUCUGUCAAGCAUAUUUCCAGAACCAGUCAUUCAAGUAUUUUUGCAGUGUCACAUCUCACUGUCUGAAUACAACAACUUGCAAGGAUCAUCAAUCAUCAGAUACGGCACAUCUUCACUGGAGAAAUUCCCUCUUUUGAAGCUUUGGUUUCUCUUCAUGCCACAUGACUCUGUUGAAGACCUGGAACCUACUAACGCAGCCGAGAGCUAUGCAUUAGAAGCAAUCGAUGGAGAGAAGCAGCAGAAGGGGCAUGUAGAUGUUCAUCCUCACCAACUGGACGAGAUGUUGCUGCCCAAGGCAAUCAACUACCUUUACCACAAUGCUGAGGCAACGACAUACCAGAUGUACUGGAAAUCCAAACAUGGCAGUGCACACCUAAGUGUGGAGAAGACAAGCAUGGCGACACCUCCACAAGCUCGCAGAACCACGCGGCGGCAAGGCAGGAUGAACAAGAUCAGGGGGCUUCAAAUGCAGGAGCAGAUAAAGAAUGGGCAGUGUUGGAAGCAGGUAGCGAGAGAUUUCCUCAAAUUCUUGGAUCUGCGUUCGUCAGAUAAUUUGCGGGGCUUGUUCAUGGCAUGGCUCAAUCAUAGAAACUAAAAGAUUUAUUACGAGGAGGUUAAACCAAGUACUGAAACAUCGAACGGCUUAUGUUGUCUGCAAGGGAAAUCGUACAGUCCUUGUUUCUUACAUGAUGUGGCCACGGUAAUUUUGCAAGAAAUUUUACUUCUUUCCCUAAUUUAGAUUUCCACGUGAACUAUCUGCAAAUAAUAUUUGCGUGACUAUAUAUGUUUGUAGCCAAUCUAGCAUACAAAACUCUGAUAGCCAUUUCUGUACAAUUGCUGUGAAACUCAUGUACUACUGUAUUUGGGGGAUUUGAUUUCCCUCUUGUUCUGAACAAAGCGGCCUUUUCUACAUAUACUAUACUGUCGUAGUAUGUUGUAUCUUCAGGUACAAAGACUUUUCAGUGUCUUGCAGAUGGUUUCAGUUAUCGUGAAGUUUCAUUCUUCAUUCAUCCAUCCAUCCUGCUCAUUUCCUGUUUGCAUAAAAAUGGUGGCGAUUGAUGGCUUGGAUCAUGCUUUGUUGGAUCGAUCAGGGGUCCAUGCUGGUCCAGUGAUAAGGACACUGUAUGUGCAGCAGCAUGUAGCCAUGUCUGCACUGCAUGGCAAAGACAGAGACAUGCAACAGAAGGUGACGCUUCUCUGGCCUUAUAAAUUGAAUCAGAUCUCAGCCUUCUCUGGUUGUUGGUUGGCACAGUAUGAACCUGAAAUGCCUCUCAUCUUAUCUCUGCAAGUUUGUUAUGGCACUAGUUUUACCUCAAAAUUCAAUCAAGAACUCAAUCUGGAAGCUUAUAUUCUCGUGUACAAAAUGCACCCAAGCUACACAUUGUUAUCUCCGAUUUGAUUGCUUGAUUAGAUUCAAUUUGAACAAACUUGGUAGUGCUGUCUCAGGUGAAUUGGUAAGUUAUUGUAAUUGGUUAGGUAAAGUAGCAUGCAUAAUGGAUGCCACGCAUGGUUAUUACAUGAAAACAAGCGAGUUGCGCACAGAUUAGAGGAUAACCACGGGCUUAAAAAGCAAGUUUUAGCUAGCUCUCCACCUGACCUGUACCAGAACAUGAUGUAGUAGGAGUAUUUGUUUUAUCAGCACUCCAUUCAGUCAGUGCGUGCUACUACUAUUUUCGUUUCUUCACUUUGCUGCUGACUAUUGAUCGAUGUUAUUACCAUCAUCAAAUUACCUACCCCAUCAAAAAAAUUUCAUAGGUUUACUGCCAUAACCACAAAUGCACCAACAAAACCACAAAGUAUAUAUAUAGCCUACGUAACGUACUGUUAUGUCUAAUAAAUUAUGGAUACAAUCAAGUGAACACACUAUACUAGUCAUAUACUGUACUCCACUAGUGUGAAACAGUACAUAGUACUAGAAGUAGUACAGUAGUAUAGGUGGUACGAAAUUUAAGGAAUGAAGGUCCACCGCUGGCAUUGCAAUUAGGCAAUGCACAACACUUGUACUGUACUGUAGUCCGCAUUCUCAAAGAGGUUGCAACUUUGCAAUAUGUGCAGUUGAAA